UGCCAGUAGUACUCUCCUCCUCCGGUCUCCCUCUCGCUCCGUGCGCUAAUCAGGGCAGGCAAGGCAACCACCCCUCAACAACUACCCACCCCCCGUCCACCACGCCCUCCCCCCUCUCUCUCCUUCCUUGGUCCGGCUGCCGGCGUGCCGCCUCGCUCCACUCCCCCGCGGCACGGUGCCAACAGAUCGAUCGAUCCUGAGACCCACGCCGCACGCGGCGGUCGGGCGAGGCCUUGGUGAGGGCGUCCGCGCGCGGCACCAUGGUCACGACGGCGCCCGGGGAAGCCGGAGAGCACCCUCGCCGGCGGCGAGGAACGACGGAGAGGCGGCGGCCGGGGCUCGGGUUCUCGUCGACGCGGUCAACUUCUUCCUCGGCAAGCCAGUUGGGGGCCACGCGGCGCGGCCGGCCUCUCGGGCCCGCAUGUCAGAGAACGGAGCCAGCGCGUUGGAUUCGCCGCCCUUCCUCCUCCUCGUGCGGGGAGCUUAUUUAAACGCCCCCGCCUUGGCGCUACAGCGAUAACCGCCGCCCCCCCGCAACAACAAACAUUCGAUCCCCUUAAUCCUCAUCGGCUCAUCGAGUCAUCGUCUCUCUCUCUCCCUCUUCCCUCCCUCCCUCGCUGUUGUUAGCCAGGAGGAAAGGGGAGAGCCCGUGCGGCGCGCGAUCCGGUUAAUUCCCGAGGCAUGUUAUCGUCCUCCUCGUCUUCGUCGUCUUCAGAGGUGGCGGCCGGCGGAAUCUCAGGUUCAUCGAGGGCGGCGGGCGGCGGCGCGUCCAGUUCAUCGGGCGGCGCGGCGGCCCGCGGAGAGUCCAGUUGGGCGAGGGCGGCGGUGAGGGUCCAGAUGGGCGUCGCGCCGUUCCAGGACGGCCAAUACGUGCGGCUCUUCAACCGCGGCCGCGGGGGCUACCUCUUCGCCGACGAGACCGGGCGGGGCGUCUCCGUCGACCACCGCCGCGGCAUGGUCAACACGGCGUGGGUCGUGCAGAUCGUGGAGACCAAGACGUCCUACCACGCCCUGCUCCGCGGCGCCUACGGCCGGCACCUCGCCGUCACGCGCGCCCAGCCGCGCCCCGGCCACGUCGGCUGGAGCGCCGCGCAGUGCGUCUUCGACGAGCCGGAGGACACGCACGUCAUGUGGUGGACCACCCCGGGGAAGAAGGGCAGCGUCGUGCUGCUCCACGGCACGUCGGCCAACCUCGGGGCGCUCCGGGCCAACGGCCGGUACCGCCGCUGGCACAGGUGCGUCACCGUCGAGGCCAUCAAUCGCACCCGCGUCACCUCCAUGAUGGAGUGGGAGGUUGAGGUCAUUCCCCUCAGGGUGGAAAGGCCACCGUACCAGCUGCGACCAGGAGGCGCCAAUAUUACAUGGUGCCUGGGCUCUGCGGAGUUUAUGGAAGUUAGUUACAUCCUGGCAGAUGAUAACGGGAGCACCAAUGGCCGGGACUGGGUGAUUGUCCCGUUCUACGGCAGGAGUCUAAUGGAGAUGGGCAAUGAAUUGGCACGUCGGCUGGGCAAUGGUAUCAACUUCCAAGACAUCACCCUCUUCAUUCAGGCGGGCAACCUUGGGCAGCCCACCCUUCUGCUCACCGACUUGCCCCAUAGAGACGACCCCGUUGACAUCGUGGUGUUCAAGGUUGGCACACCAGGGCACGACCGGCUGCGUUUUCCGGAUCUUCAUGCUGAGCAGUAGAAGAGAAGGAUAGGAUCAGCCAACAGUUCUUCCCCUGGACAGCACUGUCAAGGCCUCCUCAAUUUUACUGCAGAGUGAUGGCCUGACAAGGAUUAGCAGUUCCCCUUUGUUUCUCUGAACAGUUCAUACUUCAUAGUCGUACUGUUAGUUCUACGAUAUAUGUAGUCAGUUACGAAACAUGGCCAAGACGAUGAAGUUUUGUUCUGUUGUCUUUUGGAACUUCAGAGAAAUUAAACAUGCUGCUCGAUUUGCUAGUACUCUGUUAGUUGUUGAUAGAAUUGUUCAUACAGUACUACAUUUCUCAGUU